AUGUCUUCGCCUAUCGACAACCAGUGUCUUAUUGGCACCGUUGUCGACAGCAACUACUGGCUCCACGAUAUCCUCGGCGCUGGUAGCUACGGCGUCGUCUACAAGGCCCUCGAUCUCCGCACCUCCCGGGACCCUGUCCCGACCUACUGGGCCAUCAAGGUCCUCCAGAAAGCCGGGCGUCAGCCAUUCGAACUUGAGAACAUUCGCCGCGAGAUCUCCCUCCACAUGGCCAUGACGUUAUACCCCGGCAUAGUCACUAUGUACGACGUCGUCGACGAGGACGACCGCACCUUCAUCAUUCUGGACCUCUGCGACACCGGCGACCUUCUCGAGCACAUCGCCGUAAGGGGGACGUACAAGGACAACGAGGAGCUUCUCCGCAUGGCCUUCAUCUCGCUCGUCGACGCCGUCACCGCCUGUCACAUGAAUAACAUCGCGCACCGUGACCUCAAGCCGGAAAAUAUCCUCGUCAACCAAGAUGGCUCAGAGCUCUUCCUGACCGACUUCGGCCUGGCAACGACGCGGUCCACGAUUUCCGAAUUCGAUGCUAGCACCGGUGUCUACAUGAGCCCAGAGUCCAUCGGGGACCUCACCUCACACGUGCCGUUCAACCCCCGCACGGCCGACAUCUGGUCGCUCGGCAUCAUCCUCGUCAACAUGCUCACCGGGCGGUACCCGUGGACGAAGGCGGACCGCUCCGACCCCGCGUUCGCCGCCUACCUCGCCGACGCGGACUACCUCAGCAAGUGGGCGCCGCUCUCGCCCGCCGCCGUCACGCUCCUCCGCCGGAUGCUCAACCCCGACCCGCUCUCGCGCAUCAACCUCACCGCACUCCGCCGCGCGGUGCACGCGCUCAACACGUUC